CACAGCAAAGCCGACACAAUCUUGUCUACAGUGUGUGAAAGAGAGGGAGAGAGAGAGGUGGGGGGAAACAGCUGCAAGCGGAUACUCAACAUCAACAAGCUGUAUGAGGCAUCUGUGAGGAAGGAGAAGGCAUUUGACGAGGGAAGGGGUUCCUGGCGGGUUUCCCUCUUUUUGUGAUUUCAAGAACAGAGGCGUGGAGCUCAGAAGAAUAUCCUACAAGUGGUGAAGCGAUGGUUUAGCGGGGCAAUUUGAUAGGUUCUCUGUGUUUUUUCUACAGCACACUCGCCCGACGACACUGUUAAUUCCGAGCAGCAAUCCCCCAAACAUCUGUGGUCGCUCUCUGGAGGGAGAUGGCUGUUUUCCGGCUGUCGCUGCUGCUGCAAGUUGGAUUUGUGAUCGGAUCAAACCAUAAAUACGCGGAAUGGUCAGGGCACGGGGAAGAUAUCGGGGCACGGGAGGCGAUUCACGGCGCUCAGACGCACCGCUGGCAGCUGGCGCAUCUCCGUGCGCCUCAUCACGCUGCCGGGGAGACGGCGGAGCUGCCGCAGAAGACAGACGAGCUUCUCCCCAGGGUCGUCACGGCUUUUUUACACACCGGGGACUCGACCACCUUAAAGCAUGCCAACUGCUCGCGAAAGUACGAGCUCACCUCUCUGCGGGGAAGGUCACACGCUACCCCGCAUUACUCCAUGAGCAGCGUGCUGGAUACGGUGCUGCACGCCACAAACUUCCUCAACAUGAUCCUGCAAGCCAACAGGUCCAGGGAGCACAACCUCCGGCGAGACAUUGAGUGGUACCACGCGUUAGUCAGGAGUAUACUGGAGGGAGACGCCAAGAUUCACCGGGCGGUUGUUACUUUUAGCGGGGAUUCAUCCUUCCCGGGGCCCUCGGUGCUUCUUCAAGCCACCAGGGCCGGCGGUGAAAUAGUACUCCAAGACCUCUCCAGCAUGGCCCACCGACAUCUGCACAACCGCACGGCAGAGACAGAGUGGUACCACGAAAUAAAAGACAGGAAGAACCCCAAUUUCCAUAAAAGAGUGCUGAGCCAAGAUUUCAGAUCGGUGGACAAUUUAGUGAAAAGAGGAGAGAGUUUUAUUCCGGACAAGACGCACGUCAGAUGGUCUGCGCCCUACUUGGAGUGUGAGAAUGGGAAUUUUGUUCCCCGUUGGCUUUUGACCUUAUCUGCUGCCUUCUAUGGCCUGAAAUCCAACCUGGCUCCUGAAUUCAGGGGAGUGGUUCGAGUGGACAUUAAUCUACAGGAUGUUGAUAUCGACCAGUGCUCCACUGAUGGCUGGUUUGCUGGAACCCAUCGAUGCAACCUGACCACUAUGGAGUGUUUGCCAAUCCGUGGUCACGGAUUUGUCUUGGACAAGUACAAGUGCCACUGCAGGAAAGGUUUCUAUCAUCCCAACAGAGUAGCUGUCAAUGGCUUUACAAGAAUGGGGAGGAAGGGAAAACCUGCAGACAGCAGUCCCAACACAGAGGAGGGAUCUUCCAGUGACUGCCUGCCUUGCCAGCAGGGCUGUGCCUACUGUAAAGAUGACACCCCCUGUGUGGUACAAGAGGAUGGCCCUCUUCGCAUGGCUGUGGUCUCUUUCCAGUGCCUCUGCAUGCUGAUCGUCUUCAUUAGCAUGGUCCUUAUAUACCACUUUCGUAGGAAUAAGAGUAUCAGAGCAUCAGGUCUUGUCCUGCUGGAGGCCAUCCUGUGUGGGGCUCUGCUUCUCUACUUUCCGGUUGGGAUUCUCUACUUCCAGCCCAGUGUUUUCCGCUGCAUCCUUCUGCGUUGGGUUCGACUGCUGGGUUUCGCUACCGUCUACGGGAUGCUGACUCUUAAGUUGUACAGGGUGCUGAAGGUGUUCCUGUCCCGUACAGCCCAGAGGAUCCCCUAUAUGACCAGCUGGCGAGUGCUACGUCUGCUGGGCAUCAUUCUGCUCAUCGUCUGCUGGUUCCUGGUGGCUUGGACAUCUGCCGUCUGUCAAAACCCGGACACGAAGUUGGCUCUCAUCGAGGUGGGCUACACGCCCAAUGGGCUGCAGUUCAGCAUGUGCCUCCUGGAUCGCUGGGACUAUAUGAUGGCUGUUGCCGAGUUCCUCUUCCUGCUGUGGGCGGUCUAUCUGUGUUACGCCGUGAGGACUGUGCCUUCGGCCUUCCACGAGCCUCGCUACAUGGCCAUCGCUGUUCACAAUGAGCUUGUGCUGUCAGCUAUAUUCUACAUCAUCAGGUUCACUCUUGCUCCUGAGCUGCAUCCAGACUGGAUGCUGCUCCUGUUCUUCACCCACACUCACCUAACUGUCACUGUCACCCUGGGUCUUCUACUCAUUCCUAAGUUCCUGUUUGCUGGCACCCACAUGAGAGACGAUAUCGCGUCUGAGGCCUAUGAGGACGAGUUGGAUAUGGGUCGCUCUGGAUCGUACCUCAACAGCAGCAUAACGUCAGCGUGGAGUGAGCACAGCCUGGACCCUGAGGACAUCAGGACACCAGACGAAAUGGGCCAUCUCAAUUCUAUUAAUGGCUGUGGCAUAAGGUCUUGCGACAGCCUUUGGGAAAAACGUGCCAACGAAGAGCUGAAGAAACUGUACUCCCAGUUGGAGAUUUACAAAAGGAAGAAGAUGCUAGCAAACAACCCUCAUCUCCAGAAAAAGCGAAGCUCUAAGAAAGGGCUAGGUCGCUCACUGAUGAGGCGCAUCACAGAGAUUCCCGAGUCCGUGCAUCGCCAGUGCAGCCGUGAAGAGAAGGAGGCGGGAGAGCAUGGCAGCAAUCGUAACAGCAUCUCCAUGCUGAAGAAAACCCCCUUGGAUACGACUCACGCAGCAAAACCAGCGAAGGAAGAGACACUGAAGAACAAGGUGUUCUCCCUAAAGAAGUCACACAGUAGCUAUGAUCACGUCCGGGACCAGAAUGAGGACUCCAGCAGCACUGUAAAUGAUAAGAUUGAUGAGAACACAGCUGAAGGGUCCCUCCUGGAUACACUUAUGGGCAAGAAGCUGGUCAAGAAGACAUCCAGUGAGAACAUAAACGCCCCCAGUGAAUCUACAGAAUCAGUUCCCUUGGUAUGCAAGUCAGCCAGCGCCCAUAAUCUCUCUGCAGACAAGAAACCAAUUCAUCCCAGAGCCUCCAUGCUGCAGAAGUCCCUCAGUGUCAUUGCUAGUGCCAAAGAGAAGACUUUGGGCUUGACUGGAAAGACCCAAGGUACAGAGGAAAGCAAUAAGAAGAGUCAGCCAAAGAGCAAAGACACAAAGGCAAAUGUAGAGCCAGAAAAUGAAUGCCAGCCCAAGAUGAUUAUCAGCCAGUCAGUCGAGUACAAACAAAGCACCACAAAAGGCAUAAUCAUGAAACAGCCAGUUAGUGGCAGCCAACCGACAAUCUGCUCCGACCCCAUUAAGGGAAAAGACCUCUAUGAUCUCUCAGAAGUAUGCCCCUGGGAGGUGGAAGAUCUCCCAACUCCAUCUGAAAAUAAGGUUCAAAAGCAUGUAUCUAUUGCACCAAAGGAAACCACAACUGUUCAUGGAGGUAGCACGAAAGGAGCCAAGUCUCAGAAGCAGAAAGGUUCUGAUCAUUCUCCAUCCAGUGGCAGGUACCCAAAGGAGAUUCAGAGGUCAUCGGCUAUUCGAGCAGAGGUGUGCCCAUGGGAAGACAAAGGUGAGAGUCAAGUGGAAGCAUCGAAGCAAUCGAUGUCUCAGUCUAAAGCCCAGCAGCCUCCCUCUUCAGUUGAAAGCUCCAGAACACAUCGGGCAGAUGUUUGUCCCUGGGACUUCGAAGAGCUGAAAAAACCAACAGAGUCAGCUCACUCACAAGACGUGACAAAGCAGAAAAAGGGAACCUCUCCAAUGGAUGUGAGAGAUCCACCUAAAGGAUCACUACAGCCACUAAUAUCAAAAGUCGACGUCUGUCCAUGGGAAUUCGACAGCAGUGCAGCUGCUCCAAAUUCAGAUAGCAUACCCAGCCCCUCACAAGCACCCAAAACCAAGGAGUCCCCUUCUAAAAAGAAAGGGCCCCCUUUCACAAGAACAGUUGACCAAGAAAAAUCAAAAGACAUUGAUGAUGAGAAAAGCAGAACAAAGGUGAAGGACAAGAGUAAAUCUUCAGAGAAACAUGUCGGCCAACAAAAAAUGGCUGAGGUCUGCCCGUGGGAUGUAGAGAGUCACCAGGAAAUGCUGCUGGUAGAAAAAAGGAAAAGCGCUAAUGUUGGAGCAGCCAAAGAAAAGCAGGCGGAAGUCUGUCCGUGGGAUUUUGAGGAAAAAACGGGUACAGACAAAAGUGCUUCUGCAGUGAAACAGAGCAAACCAACUCCUAAAGGGGGGCCUGUAGGUGCUGCUAAAAAGGCAGAUGUUUGUCCCUGGGACUUUGAGGAUAGUACGUCGAGCAAGAAAGCAUGACACUCAACCUUAAUGGACCACUGAUAUAUUAUAAUUAUUGAUGUAUACUUUUUUUCCACUUUGAAAUCGUUAAAUAUCACCUUUUACUAUUAGUACGGUGACUUGGAAGCAAAGUUGAUCCACAAGUUGCCUUCCUUUCCAAGGUUUUGUUCCUGUUUUAUCUAUUUUGGAAAAAAGUGAAAUGUACAAAAAAAAAAGUCAUGAUGAGCAUUCCAGAUUAUUACAGGAAACUCCUGAAGAGAAAUUGUAGACUAAUUAUGCAACUUUUAAUUCAGUCUUUUCACUUCAUAAGCAAUGUUAAACAUCCAUGUUCACCAUGUCAGCUGUUCUUACAUUUUUUUUGCUAUGAUUAAUUCUUAGAUGAGACUGUAGAGACAAAUAUUGAUGUGUAUAAACAAGAAAGUAUAAAAUUAAGGUUGAAUUGCAUAACAGGGAAAGUGAAAGCCAAAGAACAAGUGAACAGUUGCAAAGAGGGAUGCAGGUCUCGAAGCUCUAAAGUUAAUUUAUUAGUUUUUGUCCUUGGUGUAGGAAAGAAAUCAGUCUAUAGCACUUUAGCCAAUUUCACAAAUUAAGAACUGAGGACAGGUUAUGUCCGACUUGUACAUUUCGUCUUCUUAUUUUCAACCACAUGGCAUGAUAUCACACACGAUAUAACACACUGACCAAACUCAGACAUGUUUUGUUUGUUUGUUUGUUUUUUGUUUAGAUCUAUUUAAUUGUAGUUCUCGGCAGAUUAAAAUGCUUCCAAGUCUGCGGAGAUGUACUGUAUGUGCCUAUCUAACUAGCAUUGUCUUGUAUCAGUCUGAAGAGAAGCGAGUGUCUUCUUCUUCAGCAUUUUGUGAUGGUGUAUUAUAUAAACAGCAUGCACAGCCAGGUAUCGAGAGUAGAUGAAGCCUACCGGUUUGUCAACUAAAACAGUUAAUGUGUUGGCAAAUCUAUAAUGUUGUUUUCAGUUCACUUUUUUGAGACCCUGUUUUAUAGUUUCAAAAGCUAAAGGGUGAUAUUUGAGAGCAGCGUUAACAUGAGUGUGUCAGAUAUGUUCACAUAUGUCAAAAGUAGUGAAGGAAAAAUUAUUUGCACCAGCUUUGUGUAUGAAUCCAGCUUGGAUCUUUGUCUUGCACCAAAUGUAAGUGUGUGCCUGAGGAUGCAAUAUUUAAAGGACAAAUGAGAUGCAGAAAAAUUUGCAGAAGAUCUGUUCUUGCCUUUGUGUUUACUGUCCUACUGCCUCAACGUAAAAAAAGGAAAGCAACUUGUAUUACACAAUAACAGAAUCAUUCUGGGUAAUUAAAACUUGGGUUCUGUAUAAUAGUUGUGGCCACUAAAAUUUGCCAGAUAGUCCCACAGGUUUUUAAGGAGACUUCUGGCUUAGCUAAAACUGUCUGGAAGUUAUUACUUAGUCUGGGUAAUCAUCCAUCAAAAUUAAACAAAUUAACAUGCUAUGCAUCUGUAGAUUAUAGUCUAAUGUAAUGGCCUAAAAGCCAAAAAAAAGUUUGAAAAUAAAGGAAACACGAAUCGCUUUUGGGUCAUGUCAGGAAGGGCAGCUAGCAUAAAUAUCGAAAACGUGGAGAUCCAUGCUGUAGCAACAGAAAGUAACUUUUAGUCAAAGAAAUGAGCUACCUGAAAUGCUGCUGUGCCUCUGGGACCUCGUUUCUUGCAGCGAUAGAUGACUUUGUUAGCUACACUUGUGUGCUACACUGCACUUGAGCCCACUAUGUUUAAGUCAGUCAAUCCCUUGAGAAUAUUGAAAAUGCCCAACUUUACAGUGUGUGAGUGAUCUGACAAAUAUUAUAGAUUAUGAUGCAUUUCAGUGUACUAAGAGUCUAUGCAAGAGGUCUGUACAACAGUUGUAAUGAGUAAAAUGAUGGUAUGUUUUUGUUUACACUCACCUGACAUUUUAUAUGGACAUCAGCUCCGCUGUUCAUUAGCGCAAAUCUCGACUCAGUCAGUCACAUGGUAACUCAGUCCAUUUAGGUAUGUAGACAUGGUCAAAAAGACCUGCUAAUAGGGAAAUUUAGAAUGGGGAAAAUCUGUGAUUUAAUUGACUGAAUGAAGUAUGAUUGUGGUUGUCAGAUGAGCUGGGAUGAAUAUUUCAGAAACGACUGAUCUGCUAAUAUUUUCUCACAUUCCCACUCUAGAGUUUACAGAGAAAGGUCCAAAAAAGAGAAAAUAUCCAGUGAAUGGCAGUUCUCUGGGCAAAAAUGACAUUUUUGAUGUGAGAAGUCGGAGGAGAAUGGCCAAACUACUUGGAACUGAUAGGAAAGAAAGAAAAAUACUUAUAACCACUUGUUACAAGCAAGGUAUGCAGAAGAGCAUCUCUGAACCUUGAAGCAGAUGAACUAUAGCAGGAGAAGCCUGUCCUAGAUGCUAUUUCUGUCAGCUAAGAACAAGAAACUGAGCCUAUUUCACAUUGACUCACCAGAAUUGGACAAUAGAAGACUGGAAAAAUAUUGCCUUUGGUCUGAUGAGCCUCAAGUUCUGCUCAAACAUUUGAAUGGUUGGGUUAGAAGUUGGUGUUAACAACACAAAAGCAUGGUUCAAUUCUGUAUCAGUGGUUCAGGGUCAUGUUGGUGGUGUUGUAAUAGCUUAGGGGAUGUAGGCCUCUAAUACAAAUUCAUCACCGUUUAAAUGCCACAGCCUACCCCAGUAUUGUUGCUGAUCCUUUUAUGAUCACAGCGUACCCAUUUUCCGAUAGCUGCUCCCGUAGGCUAAUGCAAACCUCAAAUCAUCUCAAAUGGUUUCUUGAACAUUACAUUAAGUUCACUGUACUCAAAUGGCCUCCACCAAAUCUUAAUCCAAUAGCGCACCUUCCAGUGGUGAGAUUCACGUUAUGGAUGCGCAGCUGACAAAUCUACAGCAACUGUGUGAUCAUGCCACUAUGAACCAAAGUCUCUGAGGAAUAUUUCCAGGACUUUGCUCGCUAAUAGAAUAGAAUAGAAUAGAAUAAUCCUUUAAUUGUCCCACAAGGGGAAAUUUGGUUGUAACAGCAGCCAAAAAGACACAUAUACAAACAAACAGUACACAGGACACAGAACAGAAACAUACACAAUUUUUUCUUACAUAUUUACAUUAAGGACAAUGGUUACUAUAUACAGAGAGUACUGUACAGUUAUUAAAUUAAAUAAAAAUAACUACAGAUAAGAGGCAAACCAGGUUGUAGUGGAACUCGGUUAAUUAACUUAUUGCAGUUACAGUGCUGAUGUAAACAUCUAUGAUUGUUGGGAGCAGUUCUGAUUGUACAGUCUGACAGCUGCAGGGAGGAAGGACCUGCGGAAACGCUCCUUCAUGCAUCGAGGAUGCAGCAGUCUGUCACUGAAGGAGCUCUGCAGUUCAGCAACAUUUACAUGCAUGGGGUGGGAGACUCUGUCCAUCAGAGAUGUUAUUUUGGCCAGAGUCCUUCUGUCUCCCACCACCUGCACUGGGUCCAGGGUGCAUCCCAGAACAGAGCUGGCCUUCCUGAUGAGUUUAUCCAACCUCUUCCUCUCAGCUGCCGAUAAACCGCUGCUCCAACAUACAACGCUGUAAAAAAUGACAGAUGCCACCACAGAGUCAUAGAAGGUCUUUAAAAGCGCUCCCUGUACUCCAAAUGACCUCAGCCGCCUCAGCAGGUAGAGUCUGCUCUGACCCUUCCUGUAAAGAGCAUCAGUGUUGUACCAGGUUGGGUUAGUUAACUAGGUUGAUGACUUAUACCUUCAUCCUCACUUCCACAUAUGGUUCUUUCUGGCUCCAAAAAAAAAGAGAAGAAAUCCAAACAGCAGCCGAAAUGUCAAACUCAACUCUUCAUCAGUGAUGUCAUGUUGUUUACAUCCAUCUUUUAUUUACUUAUAUAGUGUUUCAAAGUCUAUGGUCUAGUGCAGAUUAAGCAUACUUGUGUGCAUCAAGUCUGAAAUCUGCAAUAUAGGAAACUCUGGACACAGACAGAGAUGAAUGAAGGUUCAUCAAGUAUGAUCCUAUCUAAAUGAUAGAAACAGUGGCCAUAACUUCCAAAAUAAAAUCCAAGUUUUUAUUAACUGGAUAAUGGAACUGUCAUUGAAUGAUGUGAAAUACUGACAAUAGUGUGACCUUUUAUAUUUAAAGGUUAAGCACUGCUGCAGUUUUUCUUUGCAGCUCCAUAUUAGGCGUCAUUUCAACUUAAAUACAAAUCAGACUGAACCCCCAGUUGUUUAUCAACCUAAUAAGUUCAUAAUUAAACUUAGCAUGGUAGUUAUCAAAUAAUAACCUGACUAAAUCUUUUAAAGGUUUUGAGAUGUUCCGUGUUUUGUAUCAAAAUGUCUAAAUAGUCACCAUAAACUAUCAAAGUGAAAAAAAUACCCCCAUUUAUAUUUGCAGUUGUGUAUCAGUAAAGCAUCCACAGUGCAUUAUGGUAUCUUGUGAGAAUUACUGAUUGUAAUUGUCUGUGUUCAUGUCAAUUUCCUCAGAACCCAUUAGGGGUUGGUAAUGACUAUGAUUCAAGCCAGUACCCAUCGGUGAGUUUUCUUGAAUUACUAAAUUUCUUUGGCACAACUCAAAUGAAAACAAUCCAGCAACUGAUAUCAUUUUCUGAGAAUUACCUCCACCUCCAGCCUGUGGGAGGUGUCAGAGAGCACUGAUUGAUUGCAAUCCUUUGAUGGAUCCUUGUGAUCUUUAUGAACCAGAUGUUAAGCGUCAUCUAUCAUCUGAGUCAGAAUUUUAUUGCAUGAGUACAGCGACAUUUGAAAAGCCCCUUCUUUAUUUAAACCUAACGUUGGAGUCACUGCCGUUUUCACUGAACUCGGGUGAAGAAUAACCUGCUGCCUCUUUUACUGUCACUGUAGGAAAGUUAUUUCAAAAUGGAAAGAUGUGUUUGUUUCAUAUUUGAAAGUGAAAUGGAGCGAAUAGAGGCUCCAUGAUUUUGGUAGAAUUUAAUUUAAAAAAAGAACCAAAAACAAGCAAUAUGUUAGCAUUUUUAACAACAGAAGGAAUUUUUAUGGUGUCAUUUAUGUUGAUUUUAAAACUAAACCCCAAAAAAUAACAGUGCAACAUCCCAGCACUAAAUGAAGUCACUGUUUUGUGUAACUUUGAGUCUACUUUUUUAAUUUACAACAGCGUGCUUGCUGCAGGAAUUCUCAGUUCUGCCAGUCCAUAGCUGUAUGUGUAGUAAACAGUGUGAUACAUAACCAAGUGUUUGUUACUGUCCGUUUCUCUGGAAAUCAUCAAUGAGUCUGUGAGUAUUUGAACCUCAGCCAUUUACUCGGGUGUGAAAAUCCAAGACCAUUGUUCUUGUACCAUGCCGUGUCCCGUAGCUUCUUUGUCCUCCAAUUGGGUCGUCUCUGCCAUGGUGCAUUUUUGUUGGUUAGCUGCUUUCAUUUAAACCUGACUUCUAUUCUCUUGUGACCAAACAAAGUCACACGAAGGCAAAUACAACUACUACUAUCGCUACUACUACUACUACUCAACGCUGUAACGUCGUAAAUCUUGCUCUUGUGGCUUCUGCAUGAAUUCAAGAAAUUAGUAGGACCGAUGUUUCACUGCCCUUGAUAGAACAAAAAAAAAUAAAGAAAAGAAAAGAAAAAAUUGAUCUUUUAUGGACUGUUACAAGUUGUAUAGUGAGUGAUACUGUCUCUAACCCACUGUAUUGUGCUUGUUAUAACUAUUGCUCUAUGACAAGCUUAUAGCAUCAAUAUAUGGGAAUAUUUGGUAGAUUUAUAUUGUGUUAUAUUGUGAUAGCAUGUACAUAAAAGAUACCUC